AUGGUGUCAAAGUCCAUGCGAUGUGCUGCCGAAGCAGCAAGUAGGGCGGCGGCUUCACGAAUGCGUGCAGCCGCGAAAAGUGCUUCUCACACCUCAGCAGCAGGUGAUUCGUCACCUAUUGUUGUGAAUCGUCCACGUGGUGAGUCACCCCGUGCGGCAGAGCUCAUCUAUUCUGGCGAGUCGGAUGAUGUAUCCGACUCAAAGGCGACACCUCACGCCUCCGGGUCACCCGAGGCGGACGCUGCAAGAGCCAGGUUGACCGGCUCCUGUCAGCGCGGCAGUAUCAUGUCCGAGAUCUUCGGAUCGAGCGAUUCUUCCGACGAAUCGCCGCCUCACGCAAGUCCUUCCAACGAUAGGACGCGUGGGGAUGGUGGUGAUACACCUAUACAUCACCACGAGCAAAGUAACUCGAGCGAUCGAGGUGUCACUGGUGUCAGCGCUCACGCUGGCACCAAUCAAGAGGCCAGGGACGGAAAUGUUCUGCGCCACGCUCCUCAAGUGGAGUCUCCGUGGAUGCCGUCAUCCAGAGAGUUGGACCGGUUGGUCGGCAUGACAACCGAACGGGAUCGAAUCCCGUUGUUUGAUUGCAGGAGGAUUUGCUCACCUGAUUCCAGCACGGAAACUAUCCGUGCGGAGGAAUAA